UUGCCACCCACAGAAGCUUUUGCAAACACAGUGCUUAUAUGAUCAUGUUUACCCUAAGGCGGGUGUUGCAGAGUGGGGUCAGGGCAGAGAGCGAGUGCAGCUGUAACAUGGUAGUUACUCCUCACAGGUCAAGCUCAUAAACCCCAGGCUCUGGUACCAGACUGCUCAAGGACAGACCUCUGCCAUGCACCAAAGCUGCUUUUCUCUGGGAAGGGAAGUAGAUGGGAGAGCAGAGAGGGGAGACUGAUGGCUGCCACUGUCCCACCAGAAAGUCUAGUGCAAUGAGAAAUCUAUUUCUGUUUGCGUUUGGUCAUCAAAAGUCUCUGCACUAUGAAUCUAAAUACUUUGCUUUACAAAGCAGAAAAACUGCUUUCUAGUUUAAAAAAAGCAAACACAAUAUACCAGUGCUGUCAGGAAAAAAAUGUAUAUGUUGAGUCUUUGCUUGCCAGAUAUUUAAUGGAGUUUUAGUAAAUACCUGUCCUUGACUCCUUUUGCCGACACAAUGUAUGAAUGCUGUUCCUUCGCAUGUGCCUUCAAAUACUCAGCUUAUUUUGCUAGGAUUCGGAAGAAGCUUGGGCCCUGUGGUUUAUUAGCAAAAUGAAAGAACAGCACAUUAUUAUGACUGAAACAUACUGGGCCAUCUGAAACAAAGCAGAUGUGUAUAUUAUAUUUUUUAUAUUAUAUCAUAUUAUAUUUGGCAAUAUAAUGCUUUUCAGCCCUUUUUUCUUAAAGCUGCCUGUAGGAAAAUCUGUUUGAAAUGUUUUGUUCAUAGAUCCAUGAAGCUAAAUGUUUUUCUUUUUAUUAAAAAAAAAAAAAAUCUUUCCUAGCUUAAGCUUUUUGUUGAAUUCACAGGUAUCUUUGACCCACCAAGAAUGCACUUUCCAGCAAACUCCUUCAGAAUUAUAAUUUUAUUUUGUUCAACUUUGUGUUUUGCUCCUGAAAUAGCCAGCUCCAAAAAGGAAAUACAGUGUCCUCUGUCCUUAGUCCCUGAAUUCAGAGGUAGCAGCAUCUUCCACAGAGCUUCUGUUAAUCUGUGAGCCUGUCCUUUCAGCGCCUUUGCUAGGACUCCACAUCACCACAUUUAUCUGUGCUGCACAGCAAUUAUACUGAUUUAGGCUGUGCGGUUUUACGUUUCAGGUUUUCUGCCUGAAGGGUAUAUUUGAAGCAGAUCUUUGUCUUCCAGGGAGAAAUUAGUCUGCCUUUUGUUACUGUUCGUCCUCCUUUAUGUCUCCCUGCUCUUAUGCUCCAGAGUAACUCACUGGACUGGCUCAAACCUUCUCCUGACACCCCUGGCCUUGGGUUACCUGCAUUCUCCCCAUGCUUUCUUGACACCCUUCAGAGCAAAAAGCCCUGCAGGACCUUAGUGAAGAAAUGGAGCAGGUGUGGAGGGCUCCUGCCUCCCACUCUCCCACCUCCCUCCAAGCCCUUAUUUAUUCUUACUCAAAGGAAAUUUUUCAUGAUCUAACAACCAACAGAAAAUACACAAGCGCUGGUGGUUGCUGCUCCCCUGCCCUGGCUAUUUUGGCAACCUUGCUCUUGGUCCCUGAAUGAAAGAAGGGGAGCCCUCUUGGCCCUGGCGUUCCUCGCGAUGCCAUGCACGGUAGGAGACUGAGGGUGUCAAAGAAAGCAGGGAGGAGCUGGUCCCGUCUCCCUGUCCCCAACUGCAGGCUGCCUCGCUUGGGUGCCACAGGAGGUUCUUAAGAGCCUCUGAGCUCGGCGAAGUAGCGGAGACCACAUCAGCACCCGGCUCUCACCACGUGGCCCCUCUGCCUGUCACUUCACAAGGCUUCUCACCCUCCCUUUGCAGCAGUGUGCAAUUCUACUUAAAAAGGAAAAAAAGUCGGUAUCAUCUUCUUCCAAGUGCACAGUCCUGAUUUUUGCAUGGGGAUGCACGGAUGUGACCCGAAGAUUACAUAAUUAGAAGGCAUUUGUUAUGCUUGCGUUUCAAAUCAGUGAUUAGCAUGUGACAGUCCCAUCCUGGGAAACAUCAAGCCACCAUUGCUCUACUCUCUCUCUGCUUUCUUGCACAGUGCUAAUUCCCAACUCUAGCAACCGCCAGUGCUGAAGGAUCUUCAACUAGCCUGGGGGUUCAGACCAGCUGACCCAUCGCAGGGCUCAAAUGUGGGCAGCUCAAAGCCAUGGGAUGUUCCCAGUGACCAGCCAGAACCCUCCAGAGUGAGGACAGGAGUCCCUGCGAGGACACACAUCCUAUAGCAGCCAUGGACUCAAACAAACAAGAAGGAGAGACUGAAAGUGUGCCUGUGAGUACCCCUGCAACACAGAUUUCCCAGUUGCAGGCAUUAGCCUCUGAGUUGAAGGCGGGUUUCACAGAAGCGAUGCAGGAGCUGUCGCGAAUCCAGCAUGGCGAGUAUGCACUGGAGGAGAAGGUCAAGAGCUGCCGCUGUGCCAUGGAAGAGAAAGUGGCUGAGAUGAAGAAUUCCCUCAACACAUUCAAGGAGGAGCUCAGCGAUGCAAAGUCAAUGAUUGAAGAAAUCAGUGCCAAGCAGGAGGAAAUGCAACAGAAAAUUGAACAGCUGCAGCAAGAGAAGCGGCGGGAAUCACGGAAAGUGAAAGCUAAAAGAGCACAGAAGGAUGAUCAUGGGUCACAGACAGUGCCUACACCUCUUCAGGGCAGCCCAUUUCGAUCCAUUAACCUCCCAGAACCUGUGCUCAUCAAUGAAGAUUUUACAAGUCUUUUACACAACGUGACUUAUGAAAAAGUGUCUGACACCAGGAUCAUGCCAAUGGGAGAAGGAAGCGUGAAAGUUGUAGCAGGUCCAGGAGCAACCAUAGAGACAGAUGACAGCCUCAAGCCUUCCUUGACAACAGAGGGGCAGUCGAAAGUACAUCUGCCAUCAACAGUGUGGAAGCAGCCCAAGGACACCAAGGACUGGGGAGAUGAAUACAUUUCCAAAGAGCAACCGGAGCGAGGGAAAGACAUGGGCCAAAGCAGAUACAGCUCAGCAGACAACAUUAUAUGCGAACCCUCCUUGGCUGCCAAAAGGCAGAACAUCGCUUUGGAACUGCUGGAGUCAGAAAGGAAAUAUGUCAUCAACCUUUCCCUAAUCCUGAAGAUCAAGGCCACGUUGCAAGGGCCAGAUGUGAAAAGGAGCACCAAAGAGAGAAGUUUCUUCCCCAACUCUUUGCGGUACCUGGUCCAGCAGCAUGUCGAUUUACUUCACGCUCUGCAGGAGCGAGUCCUGAGCUGGCCACGACAAGGGAUCCUAGGAGACAUCUUCCUGAAGUUAACAAAUGAUGAGAAUAAUUUUCUGGACUACUAUGUUGCGUACCUGAGGGACCUGCCAGAAUGCAUAUCUCUGAUCCACGUGGUGAUCCUGAAGGAGGUAGAAGAAGAAAUCAAGUCUGAUCUCUACAUUCUGUUCUUCCAUAUAGUCCAGCGAAUCCCUGAAUACCUUAUUCAUCUACAGAACGUCCUGAAGUUCACGGAGCAAGAGCAUCCUGACUAUUACCUGCUGCUGGUGUGUGUGCAGCGCCUCCGAGUUUUCAUCUCACACUAUAGCCUCCUCUUCCAAUGCAAUGAAGACCUGCUUAUACAGAAGAGGAAAAAGCUGAAGAAGUCAUCCCUGGUGAAGCUGUACAAAGGUCUCACCUCCCAGUGUACGAGCCAAGAGGUUUCUCCAACACCCAGUGCGACAUCUAUCCGGGACAGCGGGAUCCACUCUGAAGAGACAAUACAGUCGUUCCCACCAGCACCUUCCUCUGGCACGACAACCCCGCAUUUGAUGCCCCAGAUGAAGAAACCCCAGCCAACCGUGAUGGAGAACAUUCAGGCUGUAAAGCCCCCUGACUGGGAAAUGGAAAGUAGAAAACAUGAGAGGCCAGAGAACAUCCUUGCAUCCUCUCAGCUCACAGAGCAGGAACUCAAGGCUCUGACAGCACCCUUACAAUCCAUCCCUGAAAUGGAGUAUGAAGCACCACCAGCUGAUGCGGUGGGAAACACUGAGAGAGCCAUCAGGACCUCUGUGGAGCUGCUGCAGGAUGCGAGGAACUUUGCGCCAAGCUAUGAAGAGUUUGACUACCCUGGGGAAGUUUUCACCCUGCCGGGCCCUUAUGAAGAUGAUGCCUUCCAAAACCUUGCUCUCUUUGAGAAUUGCUCCCCGGCGUCUUCCGAGUCCAGCUUAGACAUUUGCUUCCUUAGGCCUGUUAACUUCACAUCAGAACCAGAGAGGACAGAUCAUGCCUUACAGCCAUUACCCAAGAGCUGCACUCCCGUAAGCAGCAGUACUUACAAGCGUGAGAUGUUCCACAGCAAAGGCAAGCAGCUGAGCAGGUCUCUGAAGGAGCUGCCGAGGAGCGCUGAGGGCGUGAGCACCAGACUCUACAGCACACGGAGCAGCAGUGGGAGCCGGCUGCAGCAGAAGCAGGAGAGGAAUGUCCAGCCUCACAUGAUCUCAGCCUCAUCUCGAAGCUCCCAAAGGAGCUACUUCCCCCCACAGAGAGGAGCGGGUGAAAAACAGAGCUUUUUGGAAGAGCUCCAUGCAGAAGACAACACCAGGUUCUGCCAGAAGGAUGACAAUGAGCAAACAUCCUUCAGCGACCACAACCCACGGCACGAGCCCAAGGGGGGUUUCCGGAGCUCCUUCCGCAAGCUCUUCAAAAAGAAAUAAGCAGCCCCAAGAAAGGCAGGCCACAGCCUAAGUGCGACAGUGUUUCCCCAGGUCCCUGAGGGUGGAGACAGACAGCAAGGUCCCAAGAUUGCCCCUGACUAAGACAGUAGGUGGAGGCGUGGGGGAGAGGAGACUGUCACAACUGCCUUACAAACGCAUCCUGCUCUUCCUAGCACAGGGCAGGGCCAGGCUAUGGGUUGAAGUGGAGCUCAGCCAGCAGGUCCAAUAAGCACAGGAACUUGCUAGCUUUCACCUCUGCCUCACUUAACUUUCCUUGGAGUUUUGGAAAGCUUUGGCUGAAUCCCACUAUCUUCUCUUCCCCCUCCUCCCCCAAUGCUGCUUGAUUUGCCAUACAUCUUUGCUCUUCCAAAUUCAAGUCAGGUCUAAUUUGGGCUCACCCACAACACAGGGGUUACCUCUGCAGCCUUGGCAUCCUGGCCAGAAGUCUGAAAUUCCCCUCUUUCCUCCACUUUCCAAAAAACCCCCCCCAAACCUC